GAGAAAAUGUGGUUGCUUAGCGACAGGAGAGGCCUCUGUUGUACACAGCCUGGAUUUACUCGGGCAGCAACUUCGGCUCCAGGCAGGUAUGAACUAUGUCUUUUAAGCUGAAAUGCUCAGAAAAUGAUACAGAGUGAUUCUCAAAACCAGAUUGCUUCUGAUGAGAUAAUUAAAGAGUUGUGUACAAGAAAUGGAUUGGCUUGUGAAAGACUUGAGCAAGAAGGACCUUCAACCCAAAGCUUGGAGAUGUUUUUCUCAGGCUACCCCAGAAUAGUAGGCCUGUCUCAUUUCCCCAGUUUAACAAAACUAACUCUGGUUAGGCAGCACAUCCAGUGGAUUUCUGAUUUAGAGAACUGUCCGUUUCUUAAAGAAUUGUGGAUAGCUGAAUGCUGUUUGAAAAAAAUUGCUGGUUUGGAAAAAUGUGUUCUUUUGAAAAAACUUUACCUAUAUUGCAAUAUGAUUUCCAUUAUUGAAAAUCUGGAAAUGCUACAAAAGCUGGAAAUACUUUGGCUUAAUGGGAACCAGAUUAAAGAAAUACAGGGGCUGACUUCAUUGCAGAGGCUGAAAGAACUCAAUCUUGCAGAUAACAGUAUUAGUAAAAUUGGAAACCACUUGGAUCCAAGUGAAAGCAUUGAAAAAUUAAAUUUGUCUGGUAAUAGAAUACGCUCAUUUAAAGAAAUUACCAAUUUGGCAAGAUUACCUCUCUUAACAGACCUGUGUUUGAAUGACCCCCAGUAUGAAGCUAACCCUGUUUGUCACCUUUGCAAUUAUGCAACACAUGUGCUAUAUCACAUUCCUUUGCUUCAAAGGCUUGACACUUAUGAUGUAUCUUCUAAACAAAUCAAAGAGCUGGCAGAGACAACUGUGAUGAAAAAAGUGAUGUACUACAAUAUGCGAAUCAAGAGUGUUCAUAGACAACUGAAUGAGGAGCUUGAAAAGCUAAGAGAAAGAAAGAACAAACUACAGAAAUUGCCUGAAGAUCGUCUCAAACAUUUCAGCUGCUAUGUGAAACAUCUGGAACGUGAAUUGAUGGAACUUAAAGCAAGUGGUAGAAUACAAACUAGUAAAGUUACUUCAAGUUGGAACUUUGAAUAUGAAAAAUCAGAUGGGGAAGUGGAGAGUCCAGAUGAGACCCCAGAAGAAUCCAGUCUGGAGCAACUAUUUCUUCAUAAAUUAGAUGCCCUCAAAAGAAGAAUAAAUUUCUGGAACAAGAAACUGCAGGAAAUUGAAACUAUUUAUCAAGUGGAAGUCAAGAAGAAGAAGAAAACCAGCAAUUUGGCAGUACAGUUUUUGCUUACUGAACUGGAAUCUGUGGGAAACACACGAUUUGAAGAGGGAUCACCAAAUGAUGUUUGGUUUAAUUCAUGCUAUGAAUUGAUUUUAUCCCGAUUUUGUGCCUGGGACUUCAAAAUAUAUGGCAUCACUGCAUUGAAAGUAAAUCGUGUCAUUAGGGUGCACAACCGGAUUUUGAGGCUGACUUUUGAGGAAAAAUUCCAAAAAUUUUUGGAUAAAGAAGAGUUAAAUGAAUCCAUAAACUUCAAGAAGAUGUUGGAGUACCUCUUCUAUGUAUCUCCCCCUGAAAUACCCUUGAAUAAAAAGCAAUUAAUUCAAAUUCUGGAAGAAGGUUUUCAGGAAGCAAAAACAGUAAGUAGAAGUUCCAAAACAGAAAAUGGAGUCCUUUUGCUCUCCAACAGUCUAAGUAUCUGUGAACACCCAAGAAUAGAAAACCUGCAAAAACAAUCCCAAAGUAAAGAAGAUUUUGAGGAGUCAAUCAGAUAUGGGAAACUUAUAAUUGCCAAAGUCUUUCUUGGGCAUAGUGCUGGAGCCCAUGAUAUAGAUACAGUCACCCCAGCCAACUAUCCUGGGAUCAAUAGUGUAUACAAACCUCGCAGAUCAUCUCAAAACAGCCCUUAUACAUCCACCAACGGGAUUAUGGAACCAGACAAAAAUUGUGACUGUAGCCUCCGACAGUGUGAAUGGUUUGUGUUUGAUCAUGAGCUUGUUUUGCCAGAGUACGUCAUUGAAUUUGAAUACAUCACACAGGUCAAAGUGGAGGCUUUAUUCUCCUCACCCAGCAAUGUGAUUGGGGAGGAUGGAAGGCGAAAUUCAGCAGGCUUUGUGUUUUCUCGGGAUCUCCAGCAUGAUGAUGAAGUGUUAAGCAUGGAGCCAAUAAUUAAGCCCAAGCCCAAGAUUAUUUGCUUGGAUGAAAAAACUGUGAUGGCAAUCUCAAAGGCCAACAUUUAUAGUCAGAUUGUGGUUCUGAAUCUACAUGGAAACCGGCUUUCCAAACUCCGAGAUAUCUCCAGACUCACUGGACUUCGCAAGCUUAUUAUCAGUUUUAAUGAAUUUACUUGUUUAGAUGAUGUUUAUCACUUGCCCAGCUUGGAAUAUUUUGAUGCCAGCCAUAACCAUGUCAUAACUCUUGAAGGCAUUAGAGGAUUAAACAAACUGAAGUAUUUGGACUUAAGCUGGAAUCAGCUGAAAAAACCAGCUGAAGAAAUUGGUGUCUUACGUAAACAUACACCGAUGUUGCUCAGCUUGGAUAUCAGGCAUAAUCCAUGGCAUAAGCCAGCCUCUGUGCGUCUGAGUGUGAUUGGUCAGUUGAGAGCUCUGAGACACCUUGAUGGAAUUUUGAUUACUGGGGAAGAGGCAGCAGCUGCUAUUCAAUAUAUAACAGACUCCAAAAUCACCGAGAUGUCUCUGAUAGAGUAUUCUCGGACAGAUCAGGAGAAGCUGCAUGUCCUUAGUGUCUUGCCGUAUGCCAAAAUCUUGAGUCAGAUAAGCAAUAACAAAGUGGAUGUAUUUCAGAACAACUGGCAUUCUUGUGUAAGGAGUAUUACUGUAUUAGAUCUGGAUGGACAGCAUCUCUGCAAAAUCAGUGGGUUAGAACAGUUAGAGAAUUUGCGAUGGGCAUCAUUCAGCAACAAUAAUCUGACUAAAAUAGAAGGUUUAGAUCAUUGCCUUAAUCUGGAGGAACUCACAUUAGAUGGAAACUGCAUUGUUAACCUUGAAGGUAUUUCAAAACUCUCCAAACUCAUGCGACUGAGUGCCAACAACAAUCACCUCACCAGCCUGGAGAGAAAUGUCUUUGAUAACCUGUCACACCUUCAUUACCUUUCUCUUGAAAACAACCGGAUCACAUCACUAGGAGGUUUACAAAAGGCCUAUGCACUCAUUGAACUCUACAUAAGCAACAACUAUGUGUCCUCAAACCAAGAAAUAUAUCAAUUAAAGGGGCUAAAUAAUCUGGCUAUACUAGACUUUUAUGGAAAUUUGAUUGUUUGGAAGCAAGAAAACUACCGCCUUUUUGUCAUUUUUCAUAUUCCUUCUCUGAAAGCCUUGGAUGGUGUUGCUGUGGAAGCAACUGAAAUAGAAAAUGCGAAAGAUCAGUUUGGUGGCAAACUUAACGCUGAUAUGGUGGCAGAAAGACUGGGCCAUUCAAACUUCAGCAAAAUGCAAGAAUUAAACUGGACAGCCUCUAUGAUCAGAAUGGUGGAUCUUGUGCCAGCAGACCAAUUUAAAAACAUCACUAGUGUGAAUUUACAGAACAAUAAUCUUACCUCUUUCAGUGGUUUGAUCUUCCUACCUAAUAUUAAGGUUCUCUGCCUCAAUUACAAUCAUAUUGAGUCCAUUCUCCCAAGACAAAAGCCUUCCAAUCACUUAACAAACAGACAGUUGCUACAUCAGAAAGUGAUGUCCAGUGGAUAUGGACAGCAAGGAUCUUCAAAAAGCAGCAGGGAUGCAGGAGUCAGUGAAAGCUUGUCUCCAAUAAUGGAGAGUUUAGAAGUCCUCCAUUUGGGCUAUAAUGGAAUUACAAAUUUGGUCCUGUUACAGAUUAGUAGGCUAAAGAAUCUGAAGUUUUUGUUUUUACAGGGAAAUGAAAUCAGCCACACCGAAGGGCUCGAAGGGCUGCAGAUUUUGCAGGAAUUGGUGCUGGAUCAUAACAAAAUUAAAGUUAUCAGUGAGAAUUCUUUUGCCAGACAGAGCUCCUUGCUGGCUCUUCACCUGGAGGAGAAUCGUCUGCGUGAACUCAACAAUUUGCUUCCCUUGGGAAAACUACAGAAGCUUUUCCUUGGUCUCAACAGAAUUCAGGAUUUGGUUGAACUUGAAAAACUUGAAUAUCUUCCUUGUAUUAAAGAACUUUCAAUAUAUGGAAAUCCAGUAUCACGUAAGAUUUCCCAUCGCCCCCUCCUUAUAUUUCGCUUACCUAACCUUCAGGUUUUGGAUGGCGUAACAGUUAGCCCAGAAGAGAGGGCAAGAGCUGAAUUCCAUUUGCUAGAACAGCAAGUUCUUCCAUCUGCCAAUUCUCCAAUAGAGUGUGGAUUUCCUGGGCUCUUAUCUUCUUUCCCCAAAGCAUGUCCCUUGAAGAUUGCCAAUAUGAGUCUUUCGGGAGCAAUCAGCCAUGCAUAUGUGACUGAGUUUGGUUUUCCCUAUACUAUUGAUGAAGUAAAUGGAAGCGAGGCAAACAAAAGUAGGAAACCAAAGAAUACAUCCCUGGGAUUGUGUAGUUCUCGGAGCAUUCAUGCUGAAUUAGCCAUGAGGCAAGCCAAAAGUACAUCGGGUAACUUUCCAAGCCAUGGGACUUCAUAGUUCAUCCUUGCUGAAUAAUUGUCACAAUACAUUUUCAUUUUGCUGCAGUGAAAUUACAGAACUGUCCCUCUGGAAAUUCCUGGAGACCAUUUUGACUGCCAGACUGAGGAAUGCUGGUAUACAUAAAAACGUAACACCUGAUACUUGUGUGCAUUUGAA